AUGGAAGCAGCAAAAAAAAAAUAUGGUCUCGUAUUGAAAAAGGAUCGGAUGGAGCCGGUUUUGAAGAAAAUCCCACGGCCGUCGGUGUUCGAGGAUGACGAUGACGACGAUUCUACAACGGCGCCAACAUCGACUAAUAAAGCGUCGGCGUCGGUGAUUCGGGUUCAGAAGGCCGCCGAACGCGAGCAUCAAAAAGCGCAAGCCGAAGAUCCGUCAAUUUUUGACUAUGACGCGAGUUAUGACGAGAUUCAGGCAAUUAAAAAUGAGAAGAAAGAAGAGCAGAAGCAAGCUGAUCAGAAGCGGGAGUCGAAAUAUGCGGCGGCAAUUAUAAAGGCGCACGCUCGCCGACAAUUGGAGAAUUUUAGUCGCGAAGAGAGGCAGCAGUUGAGAGAGCGGGAGAAGGAGGGCGACGAAUUUGCGGAUAAGGAGGUCUUCGUGACGGGAGCCUACCGUAAGCAGCAAGAGGAAGUGAAGAAGUUUCGAGAAAUUGAGGCCGAGGAGGCGUUGUUUAAUGACAUGACCAGUGUACAGAAGCAGAAGCUUUGGGAAGUUGGAAUCGGUCGGACCCUUCUUAAUGAUAUUUCGAGAGAUCCCACACAAAUCAUGCAGCGCAAAAAAGAGAAGACGAAUCUGAGGGCGCGAAAGACGUCGGAGAACGAUGAGGGCGAUGAGACGAAGGCGGAUGACGUCGAGACGAAGAAGAAGUCGAUCUAUUCAGAUGAUGAGGAGGACAAUGGGCCGCCGGCGAAGAAUUUCGAAGGGGACCUCAAGCCGGGAUUGAAUAAGGUCGUCAAGAAGGCAACGACGAAGGCGGAGAGGAUUCAGAGGAAUUUCACGCCGACGCCGCCAUCGUCGGAUGAUGAAGGAGUGGGGAGGCGGAGGAGAAGCCGAUCGUCGGAAAGAAAUCGACGUGAUCGGGGAAGGUCGCGCGAGGUGAAAAAGGAGGAAGAGGACGAGGAUGUGAAGCCGAAUUCAAGGGAUAUUCGAAAGCUGUCGCUAAAGGAAAAGCUGAAACCGAAGAAAAUUGAUCGCGCUGAACGUUUGAAGGGCCUCAAGGCGAUUUUGAAGCAGAGGAAUGGUCCCGAGGAGAUUGAGGCGAUGAGGCAGCGAUAUCUUGAGCGAAAGGAAUCGAGAAUGGUGAUGAAUGUUAGCCAGAGUGCUGCACCUCCGAAUGGGGGAGCGAGCAGCUCUAAUGAGAAGAAGGAAGAUGAUGGAAGAUUUGAGUGCAACAUUUGUCUCGAUUCGGCGAAGGAUCCCGUCGUUUCGAUGUGUGGCCAUCUAUUCUGUUGGCCGUGCCUCUCGCAAUGGAUCGACAUGAAGCCGAAUCAUCCGUUGUGUCCGGUUUGCAAGAGCAGCAUCAGCGCCGAGAAGGUGGUGCCGAUAUACGGGAAGAGCGGCGAUUCGGCGGAUCCGAGGCAGAAGGUCCCGCCGCGACCGAAGGGGCAACGAUCCGAAGCGCCGCCGACAUCAUUCCCGGGAUUCCAAUGGGGCGGAGCUGAUGGUGGUGGCGGUGUUCACUUCUCGUUCGGCAUUGGAAUAUUCCCGUUGUCGUUCUUGGCGACCUGGUUCAAUCCGCCGGCUGAGCGUCGUCCGGACGCGCCGCGUCCCGGCUCGCGACAACUCGAAGAAGAGGAGCAUCUGAAUAACAUUUUCAAAUAUCUCGCCUUUAUUUUCAUCUUUUGGCUUUUGUUCGUCUGA